AUGAAAAAGAAAUCACGGUCCCCGCUCGGUCCAAUGUGGAAGUUGUCCGCUAGGGCGUGGGCGUGUGCGAUUCCCGCCGAGCGGCUCGCGCUCUGUGGGGGGCGCGGGGGCGCGGUGUGCGGCAUCCCUGAUGCCGGAGCGCUGAGGGUGCGAUUCACAGAGAACCGGGCGCGUUUGGGGGGACUGACCGUGCACACGGCGGGAAUUACUUUAACUCAACGCGCCAGUAAUGCGAUAGACAGCGCCGCCCGUUUGGUAUACGCGGUCGGUCUGAUUCGCGUCCCGCCCGCUGUGAAUCGACCCUUGGCCGCACCCGUUCUUGCCGCCGCGUGGACCGGCACCGCAGCGCGGCGUCGCGAGCGCCGUUCAGUCGUUGUCUCAUCAACCUUUACACAUGUUGAGAUUGAUAUGUUAUAC